AUCAAAAUGGCCGCAUUUUAGUCUACCGAGUACUUUUCUUUACUGUUUGCCAAUAGCCGUGCUAAGGGCCUGGCGGUGUUCGUUUUCGUCGGAGUGGGUCUAUUUCGCCGGAAAUUUCACUGUACUUCGCGACACGUCCUAAAUUUCCGCGAAAUAGAGCGAACGUGACCGGGUUUGUCUGAGUAGAUUUUCAUAAGAUGUUACGUCAUCAACAUCACACAAUGCAAAAUCAGCUUCGAGAUCAUAACAGAAUGGCAGGACCAAUGCGGCCUAUGCAGCAGGCUAAUAUGCCCCAGCUACAUCAGCCGCAACAUUUGUUACCUCAUCGGAAUCCACAUCAACCAAUACUGUCCAUGCCCCCCCAUCAACAGCAUAUGCAUCACAUGCAGCAUCCUGGCCCGCCGCAUGGAAAUCCAAGACAGCCAAUGUUGAUGGGUAUGAAUACGCACAAUACAAACAAUACCAUGGUUAGCGUUAGCAUGAAGGACCAAACAAAUACAGUUUCUGUGACUCUUCAAAAUGUGCAACAACCUCAGUAUCCACAUCAACAACAGCCACAGCAGCAGCAACCGAAUAAUCAGCAGAAUCAAUCUCCCCAGCAGCAACAGCCAUCGCAGCAGCAGGUACAACAAUCACAAUCACAGCAGCAACAGCCGCAGCAUGUACAACAAUCAAAUGUGGAGCAAUCGAAGGCGAUAACGAACGAUGCCAAUGGAGAGUCCAGAGACGACAAUGCAUCUGGUCAGAAUCAUGCCAACGCGACUAAUCCAGCUUUGGCAAACAUGAAAGAAAAAACACCUAUGUGUUUGUUAAACGAGUUGGCGAGAUUCAAUAGGAUUCAACAUCAAUAUAGGCUGACCAACGAGCAGGGACCGGCGCACAAAAAGAGAUUCACGGUGACACUAAAACUGGGUGAAGAGGAAUAUGUCGCUGAAGGUCCUAGUAUAAAGAAGGCUCAACAUAGCGCAGCGACCGAAGCAUUGACGAAAACUUGGUACCGUCAACCUCCACCUAAGCCCACCAAGGCCAUGAGAAUUGGCCAUCUGGGCAAAUGUCCAACAGGUUCUGGACAUUUGCCUCCCACCGUCGAACUGAACGCGUUAGCAAUGAAACGAGGUGAACCGACUGUUUAUACGUUCCGACAAGCUCCUCCAGCUGCAUUGCAGCAUCAAUUUAUGCCACAUGGAUUCAGUGCUAACUUUCCACGAAUGUACAAUCCGCGUAUCACGUACAAUCGUGGAGUUCAUACGGAUCUUCAGGGAUUGUAUCUUGUCACUCUGAAGGUGGGUGAACGCGAAUUCACGGGUAGAGGUUUAACAGGCCAAGCUGCACGUCACGAUGCUGCUAGCAGAGCCUUGGAACAAUUACGCCAGUUGCCGUUACCGGAAGAGAUCGCAAAUACCAGUAACAUUAGCGAGAACGGCACGUUGGGUGGCAUUGACGAUCCAAACGCUGAGUUGAAAAGUCCCGUAUCUCUUGUUCACGAAACUGCUCUGAAACGCGGACUACCAGUCAGUUUUGAAGUCGUAUCCGAAAGCGGUAAACCUCAUAUAAGAACUUUCAUGACAAAAUGCACCGUCGGCGAGAAGGUUACUGUGGGAGAAGGAUCCUCGAAAAAAGUGUCGAAGAAACGCGCCGCCGAGUUGAUGUUAGACGAACUGAAGCGUCUUCCUCCGUUACCGGCUACCAUACAGAACCGAUCAAUGCGAGUAAAACGUAAGCCACCAGCGACGAAGAAGAAAUCUCGAAACUUAAUCAAAGUUUAUCAGGAGCCUCGUGCGGAGAACGAAGCCGCGGAGGAGGUCAAUCCAGUUUCCCGGCUAGUUCAGAUUCAACAGGCGAAACGAGAGAGGGAACCAGUUUACAAUCUAAUAGACGAGAAGGGCGCACCAAGACGCAGAGAGUUUGUCAUGGAAGUGACAAUGGGUCAGCACUCCGCCCAAGGAAUCGGACCUAACAAAAAAUUGGCUAAGAGAGCUGCGGCUGAGGCUCUCUUGGCGCAAUUGGGAUAUAGUAAACCGUCGCCGCAACCCUCGAAACCGUCCAUAAAGACGGGAGAGAGCGAGAACACGGAGUCAAAGCCUAGAAAAGUUACAUUUCUCGAGGACGAACAAAUGAACGACACUCAACCUCACUCGGUAGGAGGUACCAUAGGCCGCCAAUUAGUACCUGGUCUUUUACUGGUGGACGGAGGUCACGAAUCUAAACUGGGGAAUGGACCCAGCGUACAAAUAGUCGCUGAAGAGUUGCGCGAACAGCAACAGCAGAAUACGGCUGGUGUUUCGCCCAAGGAUCAAUUGCAUUAUUUAUCUCAGUUAUUUAAUUUCAGCGUAGAAUUUAGCGACUUUCCUAAGGGAGUAUCUAUAAACAAAGAAUAUUUAUCACUUGUGUCGCUAAGCACUGAUCCACCGCAAGUUUGUCAUGGUAAUGGAGCAACAAUAACCGCGAGUCGCAAUCAAGCGGCUCUAAGGGCGCUUCGUACACUUAGUAAAUUGGGACUUGAUAAUGCCUCGAACGCAGCACAAGUGAAGAAGGACAAAGGUGCGUCUGGUGAUGGAAUACACAUUAGCAUUCAAGUUAAAAACAACAUUAUGGAUGGAGCUAUCGAUAAGUAACUGAGUAGCGCUUAAGACGUAUAUAAUGUUGAGUUAUAUUUAUGCUUCUCCAGGACACCGCAAAAGGAAGUUAAAUGAAUUUCAUUGUUACAAAGUUCUUUACAAAAUUGAUAACGCUAAUUAUUGUUCAUUUAUUACCAAUUCAUUUGUAGAUAUGAUAUUCCUCGACAGAGACUUUUUUCUUCGAUUGCAUCAAGAGAGUCUCAGCCGCGGUUGUAUUAACCAUUUUUUUUUACUAAAUCCGAUUCCUUUAAG